GGAGGUCGUUUUCCGGGAUACCGACCUCCGCUGGGUGCGUGUUUGCUUCGCCGUCCGCUUCCUUCCUGUUUUUUUAACUUCGCUCUCUUGCUCGCGCAAGCAAGCCACCGAGGAGGGAGGGCAGUGGGGAGGUGAGAGAGGCGAAAGGGACGGCGAUGGAGGCUCUGAGGAACCGGCGAUUCCGACCCCGAUGCCGCUAGGCCUGCCGGGAGCAUCUCGCAGGAUCUCGAGGGACAUUUUGGAACAAUGAUCGACCACCCCUUGCUUCGGGAGGUAGUGAAAAUUUUGUAUAACUCGAAAGAGAUGGACAAACUAGUCAACCUCUGAUAAAGAAAAUAUCUAUCUCAGUUCAAAUAACAUGAGCUCUGCAUCGACUCAAUUUGCAUCCCCCAGAAAGAUGGGUAUAUUUGAACCAAACCACCAGAUAGGCAUGUGGGGAGAUUCCUUUAAAGCUGACAGCAGUCAAAAUACAGGGGCAUCAUCAAUCGUAGAGGCAGAGAUAAAACUCGACAAUAGGUUAGAAGAUAGUCCUCAUACCAUGCUAGGGCCAUCAAAAAAAUACGACCAAGAAGCAAACAAGCCUACAGAUAAGGUAUUAAGACGCCUUGCACAGAACAGAGAGGCUGCUCGAAAAAGUCGUCUUAGAAAGAAGGCUUAUGUUCAACAAUUAGAAUCGAGCCGUCUAAAACUAGCGCAGAUAGAACAGCAGCUUGACCACGCUAAGCAGCAGGGUGUCUACAUUGGUGGGAAUUUAGGAGAGUCAACUCUUGGACUAUCAGGAAGUGUCAAUUCAGGUGUUACUGCUUUUGAGAUGGAAUAUGGGCACUGGGUUGAAGAACAAAACCGACAGACUAGUGAACUUAGAGCUGCUUUGCAAGCACAUGUAUCUGAUAUAGAGCUUCGCAUGCUUGUAGAGAGUGCAUUGAGCCACUAUGACAAUCUUUUUCAUAUCAAAGCAAUUGCUGCGAAAUCUGAUGUCUUCUAUCUUAUGUCUGGCAUGUGGAAGACAGCUGCAGAACGAUUUUUUCUUUGGAUUGGGGGUUUUCGGCCUUCAGAACUUUUAAAGGUUCUCUCACCACAGCUUGAUCCUUUGACCGAGCAACAAGUUAUUUCUGUCUGUAACCUGCAACAAUCUUCGCAGCAAGCUGAAGAUGCACUUUCCCAAGGAAUGGAUAAGCUUCAACAAAAUCUUGCUGAGACUCUAACAUCUGAUUCCUCAGGAACCUCUGGUGUUUCGGAUUACAUGGGACAGAUGGUGAAUGCAAUGGGGAAACUGGAGGCUCUUGUAAGCUUCGUAAACCAGGCUGACCACCUUCGGCAGCAAACCUUGCAGCAGAUGUACAAGAUUCUCACAGUCCGCCAAGCAGCACGAGGCCUUCUUGCAUUGGGCGAUUACUUCCAACGCCUUCGUGCCCUUAGCUCCUUGUGGGCUGCCCGACCUCGUGAACCAGCUUAGAAACUUCAGAACCUGUACCUUGCAAUAUGCAAUGUCGUCUGUGACCAAGAAGCUACUAGGGGAACGAGAUGGUAGGAAGGUAGCUGCUAUCAUCCAGAUUCUGGAGUAAUUUUAUCAAUAAAAUAGUCACCCAAAUUGAAAGCAGGGAACUGAAAUGGAGAUAAUCUGUAAAUAUUUAUGACAGCUCCAUGACCUCUGGUUGUGAAGCCGUAUAUGAUGUCGUAUGUUGUAAAUUAUGUUGUAACAAAUUCUAUCUUUCCUUUAAGAACAUCUGUGGAUUUAUCCGGGUUCA